CAGAGAUCUCUAGUAGACACGGUUUACACUACGCUCAGCUAUACGAUUAGACUCUAGUAGACGAAAAAACCACUCUAUCAAUCUAUUUCUUCUACCCCUUGUUCUGAAUUUUCAAAAAGUUUCAAAUUUUUCUUCUAUCAUUAAAUUUCUCCCCCAACUUUCCCCAUUCAUAAACUCAAGUCAUGCAGAUUUGUCUUCGUGAUGAUAGUGUUUUAUAUCCAAAUAUCACCUCACAAAACUAAACUUACGUGAUAAUAUUUGGAAGUUAAGGAGGCAUCUAAUACCUCCCUAACUGAAACUCAUGUGAAAACAGUUAAAAACUUUGUAAAAUACAUUGUUUACAUCACAGAAUACAUUACAUAAUCACUAAAUAAUCAAAAGACAUCAAAAACAGCAAGAAAGUGUGAAGUUUCAAGUGAAUUUCUCCCAGUGCUCAUAUUAUUUGAUAAGUGUGUGUGGGUGUGUAUUCAAAGAAAAACAUUCAGAUUUCCUUUAGGACCAUGAUUUUGUGAAACAAAUUAUAAAAUAUUGGAACUAUAUAUGAUAAAUUUCAAUUGUAUAUGAUAUCUUGUGUGUCGUAUCUAAUUUACAAUGACCAAGUGUGCUGAUUUGAGCUGGAGUGAUUUGUUUAUUUGAUUUUCACAAGUCUUAAAUGACAUUACCAGGGAUAGUUGUAUGCACUGUGCCAACAAUUACUCAUAGUUUAAUUAGUCGAUAAUCUGAGUCACACAUCAUUCGAUAGUCGACCUCACUACGUGAAAGUGGACCACAUCCUUGUAAGGACCUCUGCAGCUUUUCUCUUCUCUGACAUCUGGUGAAAUUGGCAACAUCAGGCUGGAAAAUCUUCAGAGAACUUCUCCCAUCUAUGAUCCUCCUGGGGAAUCAUCAGGGGUGACAGUGCUACCACCAUCUCAGCCUGGCAAAAUGGCAGCCAGUGGAAGUUCGCCAGCUGCAUCAGGUGCAGCCGCCCAGCAGUACUGUCUGCGCUGGAACAACCAUCGCUCCAACCUGCUGACCGUCUUCGACCAGCUGCUGCAGAAUGAGGCAUUCACCGACGUCACCCUCACCUGCGAGGGGGGCACCUCUGUCAAGUGCCACAAGAUGGUGCUGGCUGCUUGCUCCUCCUACUUCCAGGUGCUCUUCACCGAACUGCCUUGCAGGCACCCAGUGGUUGUUCUAAAGGACGUGCGCUACAGCGAAAUGAAGGCGAUCCUGGAGUACAUGUACAGGGGUGAAGUGAAUGUGGCCCAGGACCAGCUGGGAGCCCUGCUCAAGGUCGCCGAAGCACUCAAGAUCAAGGGCCUAGUCGAAGACAACACAACUGCCGCCGCAACCGCAACGAAAACGCAGUCAGGUGCGGGAGGCAACGGUAACACGGCAAGUGAUGACCCGAACGUGAUCAGCACCUCCUCAGCAGCCAAUGCCUCCUCAGUGCCUCACAGCAGCGGUUUGAGUCAUAACAGCGAUGAUGCGUCUCCUCCUCACUCCACACCCUAUGCCACGCCCCACUCCACCGGAAUACACCAGCAACCUGCCAUGCCCAAGAGUCCAUACAUGUAUGGCGGCGGCAAAUCGUCGAUGCUAGACCGCAGCGGCGUCUCGAUGCCCCUGUGGGGCCUCCCGCUAGCGGCACCGCCGUCGCAACACCGCGGGGGCAACAACAACGCGACCGCAGCCGCAGCACUCAACAGCGCGACUGCAGCCGCACUCAACAACUGCUACAAUGCGGCCGCCAUGUUCAGCUCGGACAUGUCGCCGCUCAGUCGCAAAAAGCUAUCGUCCAUGAUGGCCAGUCGUGACACCCCGAUUCUGCGCACUGUGCUCGGCCAGGGGGGAGCCCAAGGGGGCCAGGGGGGCACACAGGGGGGCCCCGGCCCCGACUCGUCGCAGCCCGUGCCCCUCGUCUGUCGGCCCGACAGCCACUUGUCCAAUCACAACGACUGCUACAGUCAGGAUGCCGAAACGUCUGUUAAAUCUGAACAAAUGCAUGAAGAUACUGCCUCUCCCUAUACUGAUAUUUCUGCUAUGGAUGAAGAUGAAAAGAACAACAAAUUGGCCUUCAUGCACUCAACGUCUCCUCAGUCAAUGUACAACGACGGAACAGGAGGCGUCUCAUCAGCGAUAGCCACCUACGUGCCAACCCAGAAACCAGAAUGGAAACGCUACAAGCAGUACACCCGCGCCGACAUCCUGUCAGCGAUUGAGGCGGUGCGCCUGGGCAUGAGCGCACUGCAGGCGGCGCGCAAGUACGGCGUGCCGUCACGCACGCUCUACGACAAAGUCAAGAAGCUCGGCAUCACCACGUCGCGGCCUUUCCGACGCGGCAGUGCCAACGGUAACGGCAACGUAGGACUCAACUACUCGUUCCCUGGGCCAGGGAGCGGCGGUGCACCAUCGCUGAAAGGAGACCCCGACGACCCAGCUGCGCAGAAUUACAUGCGCGUGGAAUACGGCGGCUUUUUGCAGUAUCAGCUGAUCGACCACCAUAACAACGGCGGCGGCAAACCACUGGGUGACCUUGACCGGGAGCCAGGUGGCGGAGGCAGCACGGGAGGGGGAAACCACAGUGGCAACAGUUCGUCGCCCAACAACGUGCGCUCUCCCAGCCCAAACCUCAUCAAGUACGCGCAUGCGCAUCGCAACAGCAUCACCCCCUCCCCUUCACAGCAGAGCCAGGGUGGGGAUGAGGACGACGAUGACGAGGAGAGGGGAGCCAACGAUAAGGACGACGAGGACAUGAUGCAGGACCAGGUGGAGGAUUUGUCGGUCAGUCGGAAAACAGCUGACUCGCAACCCCCUCCACCGCCAUCUAGAGUCAUUAUGCCCCCCAUGAGUGAGGCCACUGCGGCCCUGCUCACUACGGGCAGUGACUCACAUCAGAGCAGUAGAGACUGAGAAACUAGGGGUUUCCAGAUGGGUUUUCCACAAAUUCAGGUACCUACUAACCAUAAUAAUAUGUAAUACUAUUACAUAUAAACGAUUGUGAUAUUAUUACAAUCGCCUCCAAAAAAUUACAAUUGAAUACAAAAGAUUACUCUUCAACUACAGAAAAUGACAGUUCAUUAUUUCGCGUACAUCAAUGUAAUAUUAUUACAAUUGACCUUAAAAGAUUGGGAAGACUCCUAAACCACAGAAAAUUACAAUGUAACUGCAAAAAUCUAUAAAAAUCUAAUGAAAUAAACAUCAUACCCACCAAUAUAUAGUACAGUGGGUUCAUUAUGUCGCGCACAUAAAAAUAAACAUUUCUUUUCAAAUCGCCAUCUAUAUCAAGAGGACGAGUCAUAAAUAAACAUGUCUGUAAAAAAUGGGUUUUUGUAUUUGGUGUGUGGCUUCUGCAAGAUAGCAUCACUGUGUACCGACAAUUAUUGUGAGAUGAAAUAAAAACACACAUAUAUUGUCAAAUUCGAACAGUAACUGUAGAAUUUGACAAUAUAUGUGUGUGUUUUUAUUUCAAUAUGAAACGGUUCUACAACAUCGACAGUGAAUCAUUCAAAUUAUUGUGGGAGUUUUUAAAACAUUCAGAGCUACACGGUACAUUUGUAUAAUAAUACAGGAAAUUGUAUAAAAUACAUGAAAAUCCUGCAUUAUCAUUUAAUAAACAAAAUCUCUACAGAUUCCCACAUAAAAUAAUAAUGGAAACAAGGAACUAUAUUCUAUCAAUUGUAAGAUUUUUUUAAAAAUUCAGAACUACAUAGUAGAACAAUACAGGCAAUUUCCUGCAUUAUCAUUAGAUAAACAAUCUCCACAAAGCCACACAUAAAAUAAAGGAAACAACAAUUAGAUUCUUUGUAUUCCAUGUUCUUCAGUUGAUAAUUCUGACAGGCCUACCUGAAUUUGUCGAAAGCCAUUUUCUGAAAAUAGACCUAAUUACUAUGUCAAACAUAUUCAUUACCACUUUCUGUGUCUAUAGCUUACAAACUUGUCAAUGAAAGCAUCAAUAUCAUGAAACAAUAGUACAAAAUGUGGAUUGAACCAAACAAACAAUACCAGUAUCAUUUGCUCAAGCUCAUGAUGUGUAUUAUUCAGUCAACUCUCAUAAUAUUAUAAGUAAGACUUAUGCUCAUGAAUACAAAAUACUAAACUGGCCAACAACGCCAACGAUAGUUUGGCUUCAACUUGCUACCUGCAAACUAUUUAAAUAGUUGUUAAAAAUAUUAUUGUACAUAUCAACCAUAAGACUGCUGAAUAGAAGUUAUACUUAUUAUUAGUUCAAAUAGAAUAAACUUGGAAUAUUGUUCGUGUGCUGUUUGAGUGAUUAAGUACUGAGUAUGACCAUAUUUCACUAUGUUACGAGGUAAUUAGAAUUAUUCUGAUUACUAGCAUACUGGCAGCAACAAAAUAUCAUUUACCAGCUUAACGUUACAUAUAUUUCCGUAUAUGCCAUUUACAUCAAUCAAUAUAAAAAUCAAACCCAAUAAAAAUAAUAUUAAUAAAUAAAGCGUUCAGUCCAAUGUAGCCAGUUAUAAACUAGGCAUAUUGCAAAAUAAGAAUCAUAAUAUGAAAUAUUUUAUAAUUGAAUAUUAUUGGAAUCACAAGGGUGGACCAAUUUUUAAAAAAUAAUUAGGAUGUGAAAUUUAGAUUCAAAUUUUGGAAAAUACAUUUGUACAAAUAUUUAAUAGACUACUGCUGCAAGUUCUUUAUUAGUACCCCAAUACUAUUUUUCUUUAUUAAUAGGCAUACACAUUUCCAAAAAAAACAUUCAAGAGUUCAGUAAUAGUAUUAUUGAAGAUUUUAUUUUCAAAAAGUACCUAAAGAGAGUUCAAUUCAAUUAAAAAAAUUGCUUGCUCAACAGGUAACAAGUAUUGAACUUUAAACUCAAGUACAGCCGAAUAAAAAUAAUACUCAAAAUAAAAUGCAAUGUUCCUCUCAAGUAGGCUACUUCAAGCACAGUAUACAACUUUGAUUACAAAUAUUUGAAGUACCUAUAGUUCCAAUGUUCAACUGGAUAAAGUACAAACAAAGUAUCUACCUCAUACAACUUAUACUACAUUUUUGUUAAUUUAUUUAUAUUAUUUACAACAAUUUAAACAUAUAAGCUCAGAAUAUAUCACCAGAAUCAAACAGACUACCUCAUUUUGUUUAAUUAAUAAGAUUUUGUUAUUAUUAUUAUUAUUUCAAUAGUUAUCAAUAGUAUUUUUUUUCAUUAAUAUUGUAGAUGAAAAUGAAUGGUUUCUCAGGGCUAAAGUUUCACUACUCAACAAAGAAAAGCUUCUAAAACAUUUAUAUAAUUUUCCACUUCAACAUGCAGUUUCAUAUUACCGAUACGGUACUGUGAAAACUAUAAUGAUUCAAGUAAACUCCUUAUUAGUUCCAAAUAUCGAUUUUCAAUAUAAUGCUAUUGAAAACUUGAUUCAAAGUUAAUAAUCUUUUGGGUACCAUACUAUCAAAUAAAAUUUGAUAUUCAUGGUUUCUAGUCUAACAAUAGCUCACGACAUUUUAAUACCAUUCUAAGUUUUUCAAAAACAUAAAACAAUGAUCAACAAUAUAGCUCCUAGUAACAAAGCUGCAGAAUUCAACUUCAUUUUAUUUUUCUCGAAAAUGGAAACCUUGUUCGAUAUUCAAUGGAUUUGUUUAUUUUUAUUAUUUCCUCCACAAAUUAAGGGUUUUUUGGUUUUUUUUCACAGAAUAAUUCAUUGGUAUUCCAUUUAUUUAAUUUCAAAUCCACCAGAAUUUGAGCCUACAUUAAUUAACACAAAAAAGCUUUGAACUAUAAUUUGAUGCAAACCUUUUAGACUGACGAUAUGCGAGUUUGAUUGUUAUUUACUAUUAUGUUUUCAUUACCUCAACUAUUAUAACUAUUAUGUUCAAUUUAUUGUAGUUUCCAGUAAGAGAUAACAGAUUAUUAAGAAACAAAGUAACUUAUAAGACUGAUUACCAGUUAGUUAAUUUCUUAUCACAACAGAAGCACAGGAUAGUGUGUGUGAAAUUAACACACAAAACGUUAACAUGGAGGGAUAUUCUCAUCAUAUCCCUUGUUUAAAGAGACUGAUUCACUCCUACACAAUAUUGUUUUAUGUUUAUUGUAAUUAUUAUAAUAUUAUUAGUUGAUUAUUAAUAUUUUACUUUGACCUAUAUAGGACGUUGAUUAACAUUUUGUUUGUUGACUGUAAUGCUUUAAUAUUGAUGUAGAUGAAUAAAUUGGCAAAGAGUAAUGUAAUAAAAUAAUAUUGACUGAAAAAAAUUAUUCACUGAGGAGUAAGUGAGUGAUAAAAUGCAAAAAUAAAAGGAGAGGCGAGGUUGAUGGAAUGUAUUAAAAAGGAGGCGGAAAGUAGGAAGAGGGAGAUAAACUUGCAAUAGGCAAGAAAAUAUUGACGCGGAGAAACAAUUUAAAAAUUGUUAUUGGUUAAUAGAGGGCAGAUGCAAUUUUCAGUUGUUAUGUAUGUUUUGAAAAGCUUUUUUCAAGCUUUCAUACGUUAACACUAAAUAAUUUAGAUAUCAACAAUACAACAGCUUCAAUAUUGGAGUUUGAAAUUGAGGUAUCUUCUAAAGAAGUAAAUAGAUAGAUUCACAUAUAUUAUUAUGAUAAAAGUGUUAUUAUCUUCUGUAUUCUAAUAUAACAAACAUUAAUCACUCAUUUGUUUCAAUUGCUGGGGUGCAUUAAGCCUAUUUAUAGAAUGUAAGCAAAUGAAAAAUUUCAACUAAUGUUUGAAAAUUCUUGUAUAUUUUGUAUUCAAUCUAAACAUUUAGCAACAUUGCAUUCUUUGGAAACGUUUACUAUCAAUAUUUCAAUUGUAUUGUUAUUAGUAGCGUAUUCAAAAAUACUUGGAGGUGACUGAAAAUAUGCAAAGUAAACUUAAAAACAAGAAAAUGUAAAUUUGUAAAUGCCACUUUUGUUAUUUCAAGAGUUUACUUACACUGUAAGUGAAAAAGUAUACUGCGAAUUCAUUGAAUUUUCACAGAGGAAUGAUAUUUUCAAUUGUGUUAGACUGGAACCAAUGAAAAAUAUUUCACAACAUUUAUGGGAAAUUUCUUGAAAAUUUUAAGAAAAUAAAUGCUACUUCUAUUGAAUUUACUCGUCGAUUUUUCUAGAUGUGCCUUUUUCAAGAAAAUUUCAUUUUCUAUGUUGUAUAUUUCAGUCACUUUCAAGUCUGUAAUUUUUACACUAUUAUAUUUGUCUAAAUUUGAAUUUUACAAUUAAAAUAUCCUCUAUUACAUUUUGCAAGGAGCAUCAAUGUAAUAGAUUGCGGACAUGAGAAUGCAAUAUUCAUUUAUUUAGUAAAGCAUUCAAAAUUAAUAUCUUAUUGUAUUUAGAAGUUAUUAGUCUAGUAUGUUGUACUAAAUUUGUUCAUUUUUGUGAUUUAUUUGAUUCUUGUUGAUGUCUUAUAGUUUGUUUUAUUUUAUUAUUCAUGUUUUACUAUGAUAAUCAUUUGUUUCAUUAUUAUUUUAGUAGUAUUAUUACGGGUAUAGCUAACACUUUUUAGUUAUCUUUGGUUUUGGGAUGGAAGAUUUUUUUCUUUCCUAAGCUUGAUCAAUUUAGUUCUUCUUGUUUUCUUGAUGAUCAAUAUCUGUUGUCAAAACUGUUCUCAGCAUGAAUCAUGGAAUAAAUAAUCAGUUUUUCAUUAUUCUAUGUCAUGAAUUUAUCACAAACUGCUACUAUCUCAAUUUGAAGAAUGUUAACUAUUUCUAUUUGAGGAAUAAAUGGAAAUAUGUAUGGAAUAUUCAUUUAUUAGCAGAGAAUUCUAUAAAUUAUAUCAUUAAUAGCAUUGAGGCUCUAACUUCAAGGAUAUUAGAGCAAUUAUGAUGCAAAAAUAUGAUUUGACUUUAAAAAGUUUAUUGAACACAGUUCAUUAGCCUGUCAUUUGGAAACUUUUUAAAUUGAACUUAAAAAUUUCUCACGUCAUUUUGUCCACUUAAUUGAAUAAUUAGUUAGCAAUAUUCAAACUACAAAUACUGUAAUAAUACUUUGAAAGAGCAUUGACAUAAUAUUGAUCAUCGUUCUCACUUUCAUAGCUACUCUUUCUUUCCAAUUGAUAUACCGGUAAUUUGUAAAUAAUCAACAAUUGUUUCUCAUUUAUUCUAUUAUCAUCAUUAUUAUUGUUACACGUUCUACUCAAUAUUAAGUUAUUCAUUGCUACUAAGACUGAUUUGCUAAUAGACGAAAUAGAUAAAUUAUUUAAUAUGUUGAUUAUACAAGAUAAAAUGAAUAUUUAUAUAUUAGUAACCAGGAAUAUGAAUGUAUUAUGAAGUGAAUUCAGUAACAUGGUUUGCAAGUUACAAACUGUAAUAGAUGUAGUCGAUAUAUUUUUCAUAACUAUGAUAUGUUAGUACACAUGAUGUAUCAUAUACUAAUCAAAAUUAUUUCUUCUCCAAGUGUAAAGUUGAUUUUAUAAUGUUUGUCUUUUAACUUGAUGUUCUUAUCAUAUAAAUUUAACUCCAAGUGCAUUCACAAAAGGCCUGUAAAUAGAUUUAACAUACUGUUAUUACAUGAGAGAUGCCUUAAAAUCGUUUCUCGAAUAAUACAAAAAAAAUCUAUAAACUGAUGAACAUUUCUGAGUUCAAUCUAGAAAAAAAGACAAUUCAUGUUGUUUAGUUUUGCAGUGUAAAUAGAAUUUAUUUUACUAUUUUCCUCGAAGUGAAUUUGAAUAUUUUUGGUUUUUACUGAUCUGUGAUUCAGAGUUUUAUGGAAUUAUUUUAAGCCUUCAAUUUCAUAGAUAAUUUAUAUAAAAAAACAGGAGAUUUUAAUUUAUUUGAAAAACGUGGUCAGAAAUUCCAAUACCUACAUUUUACUUUGUGUCUUUUACCAGGAAGUGCCUUUAUUGUUUGAAUCAAUUCAUUAUGAUAAUAAUGAUUAUUUUAAAAGUAAUUUAAUAUUGCAUCAUAUUUAUUCAAUUCAUGAAAAAAUUAAUAACAGUUCAAAUAAGAAUAAAAAAUUUCAAGAUUCAAGUGCUCUUGUUAUUUUAAUUGCUCUUAAAUUAUUAAAGAUUGUCGAUGAACUCGUCAAACCUAGUUGUUUCAGAUUGUGAAAUUUCUCUAUGAGAAUUUUCAAAUUAGUUCAAUCUAUUUUCUCAAUGGGCAAUCUAAAUAACAAAAUACCUUUCAAAAUCUACCAAGAACAUUAAUUCAAUAUCUCAGAACUAGACAAACUUAGAAUCAACACACAUCAUCUCACUUCUAUCUUUAAAUUCAAUUUAUUUAUUAUCUUUGUAAUGAUAUCAACAUACCACUCAACUGCUUAAUUUUACUGCCACUAAAACUGACAAGAUGCCAUUUUGAUGAACUUUAUAAUGAAGACUGAGCACACUAUAUGUGUUUUAUUACGAUAAUAUUACUAUAACUAUAACGAUUUAGGCUGUACAGUGUGUCUUUAAUUGUUAGAAUAGAUUUAUUAUAUGAAUUGGAAAUAUAUUAUCAAUAUUAUAUAAAAUUGA